AUGCCCGAGUCACCGGCAUCUCCGGCCAAGCCCCCCUCGCAGCCGGGAUCGCCGCUCAAUGCCGCCACUCCGUCCCCAGCGUCGGCAUUGCUGCGAGGCUCCGUGCUGCUCCUCGCGUUCCUCAUCCUCCAGCUCGUGCUCUUCUGGAACAUCCUCGGCUUCCCCAGCUCGCGCUUCCUCCCGGCGCCGGGCCACAGGAACACUACCUGGGCCAACGGCGCGGUCAACGGCGGCGCGUGCGAUGAGGGGCUCAUCUACGUCUACGACCUCCCGUCGGAGUUCAACCACGACCUCGUCGACGACUGCGAGAGCCUGUGGCCCUGGUACUCGUUCUGCCCGUACCUAGCCAACGGCGGCUUCGGCGAGGCGGCCACCACGCUGCCCAUCUUCUUCCACGUCACGCGGAACGUGUCGUUGUCCAGCUGGUACAACACCGACCAGUUCCAGCUCGAGGUCAUCAUCCACCGCCGCCUUCUCUCGCACAGGUGCCGCACCACCGACCCGUCGCUGGCCACCGCGUUCUACGUCCCGUUCUACGUCGGCCUCGACGUCGGCAGCCACCUGUGGGGGGACAACUCCACCGCUGCCGACCGCGACAGGGCGGGCUUGAAGCUGCUCCGGUGGCUCAACAACCAGACGUCCUUCCAGAGGUCCGGCGGUUGGGACCACUUCAUCACGCUGGGGCGCAUCACGUGGGACUUCCGCCGGUACGGCGACGACGGGUGGGGCACCAACUUCGUGGUCCUGCCGGGGAUAGCCAACGUGACCCGCCUCGGCAUCGAGGCCGACCGGCUGGACCCCAUGGAAGUCGCCAUCCCGUACCCGACCGGCUUCCACCCGCGCACCGCCGCCGACGUGCGCGCGUGGCAGCGGCACGUGCUGUCCCUCAAGCGCAGCAAGCUCUUCGGCUUCGCCGGCGCGCCGCGCUCCGGGUUCCGGGACGACUUCAGGGAGGUGCUGCUGGAGGAGUGCGAGGAUGCCGGGAGCGAGCACUGCCGUGCCGUGGACUGCCGCGGCACGCGGUGCACCGACAACGGCGCGGCGGUGCUGGAGCUGUUCCUGGACUCGAAGUUCUGCCUGCAGCCGCGCGGAGACAGCUUCACGCGGCGGUCGCUGUUCGACUGCAUGGUGGCUGGCGCCGUGCCGGUGCUGUUCUGGCGGCGGACCGCGUACGACCAGUACCGGUGGUACCUGCCGCCGGGGCCGCGCGGCGAGGAUGGGGAGUGGUCCGUGUUCAUCGACCGGCAGGCGCUGCGCGUGGGCAACGUGAGCGUGCGGGACGUCCUGGAGGGGCUCAGCGAGCGGCGGGUGCGGCGGAUGCGGGAGCGCGUGGUGGAGAUGAUCCCGCGGCUGGUGUACGCGUCGUCGCCCGACGGGCUCGGCGACGGCAUGGAGGACGCCCUCGAUGUGGCGGUGCGCGGCGUGCUGGAGCGGUUCCGGCGGCGCCGGGCGAGCACUGCGCCUGAAGGGCUUUCAGCGGAGCACCGGCCAGGCCGCUUCGUCGCACGGCGUGUAGACGGCAAAUCGACGCUGGCGCCUCCUUCUGACUUCAAAAAUGGAUCGGCAGCGGCGGUCAAUCAGAACGCCUCAGGAACAAAGCUGAGCCCUCCGGCUUCGUUAUACGUAAAACCCGUCGUGUCCAGAGCAUCGGCUUCAUCUGGAAAGAGCUUGCACAAUCCUGGACUAACUGAAGAGUGA